GGGCCGCGACGUGUGGCAACAGUGUGGCUCGCGUUCGACGGCUCCGCGGAUCCAGCCAUCGUGGGACCGAAUGGAGAGGGAACUUUUCGGGCCUCGCACUCCUCCUGCGGAUCCGUCAGGACGAGGGCAUGCCAUCAAUGCCAUGCAGUGCGACCUGAGGAACAUGGCCAAGAACAAGGCUGACAGCGAGACCAUGCCGCGUCGCGGCAAGGUCAGCGAGGUUUGUCGUGAGUGGCUCGUUCACGAGGACAGCGCCCUUGCCUACCGACUGCAGCAUGAAGAGAUCAAAGAUCAUUACACGGGCAACAAGUCGAGAAAUGCGACUGUCAGAGAAGACAUUCCGAGGGCAAGAACGGAGCAGCAGAAGGAAGAAGAGGAAGCCGCCUGCAUCAAGGCCAUGUACGAGCAGAUGCUGCGAGAACAAGAGGAAAUGGAUGCCGAGGUGGCACGGAGACUUGCUGAAAAACUAGAACGAGAAGAAGAGGAGAAACGACUCAGGACAGAAAGUCGGGACAGAAAAAUCGCCUCUCAACUCCAAUUACAUGAGCAAAAAAGGCCUCGUGCAGCUGACCCAGAUCUCUCUCGUCCAAUGAGUCAAAUGUCUGUGUCCGAUGUGGCUGGUCCGUCGGGUUUGCAAAUGUCCAGGAGAGCAGCUCCACUUCCAGUUGCGGAAAACCUAGACGACCUCUCCGAUUUCUGUCUUCAGCCGGACCCUGACAUGACGGAGGAGGAGGCUAGGAUUUUUCAAGAGGAACAAGACGCGGAGCUUGCGAGACUUUUACAAGAGCAGGAAUCUAAAAGACGAGGUGAUUCAGCUAUAGACAAAGACAGGCAAAUGGCCGUCGAAGCUCAGGACCACGAACUCGCCAAAAUGCUGCAUGACAAGGAAAGAGCAAAGCUGCGGCGGGCCAAAGAGAGAGCGAGACUGAGGCGUCUGCAGAGGGAAGAGGAGGCUGCGAUUGAAGGUGGGCAGGAAGGACCAAGGGCCACCGGCAAGCCCAGGUAUCCCGACCCUCCCCUGACUGUCGCUCAAAACAUCGCCGUGGCAAUCGACCCAACGUACAAAUCGUCAAUGCCUCGGAAGCAAAUGGCAGCGGCCGAACCGGAUUUGAUCACCACUGAUUUGGAUCAGGUUGAGGACGAAUCGGUUGAGGAUGAAGAAGAGGAGGAGGCGCCACCCUACAUGCCCAUUCAGGGCCAACGGAGGACGGCGUCACUCGAGAAGAAAAAGAAGAGGGAUCAGGGUUGCAAGCAGCAGUGAAAUUAUUACUUUUAAAUUAAUCAGUAUUUAAAAUACGGUCUGAGCUUUAAUGUGCUAAUUACAAAAACUCCCGAUUAAUAGCCAUAUUGUGAAAUUUAACUGUUAAGCCUCAAGAUAGAUUCUUGGGAUGUUUUUGUAUAAAACAAGUGAUGGAUUACGAAGAUAACAAAUAUUUUUGUCAUUCCACUGAAAAUUAGUUUUUUCGGCUCUGAAAACUUAAAUUGUAUCUGGUAAUUUGAUUGUAUUUUUUGUGAGAUCUGAUUUUUUGUAUUCACAUCACAAAGGCCCAAGUGUAGCAAAGUUAAUUGUAAGAAAGGCUAGUCAGACUUUUAAAACGGAGAAGGGUGUUUUAGUUGAGACAUUUUUUGUUCAUAACGAACUCGACAAUACAAAAUACUCUUGUAUUCUGCAUUUUUAUAUUCUUACCUACUCAUUAUCAAUAAACUAUUUCUUUACAAUUUUUUAUAAG